UAAACAUAAUUAGAGUUUAAGGAAUAAAGGUCAGAUGAGUGGGAAGCUAUGACAGUACUGAAACCUCUCAGAAAAUCUUGGUGCUUUUCUGAUUCCUCAAAGCAAACCAAAGCAGCCAGAGAUGGUGAGAGUGUUUUCAGUGAUUACAGGAGCUGGGUCAGGUUUUGUGUCCACAUGGAAUCAGUCAGCUAAACACGAGCAUUUCUUCUGGCAGCAGAAAGCGGAACAAACCCACUGGGCAGCUGAACAGCAUGAGUGUGGUUAGAUGAAAAGAGGAAAAAAUCCUCAGUAAGAGUUUCUAUCACCCACCCUGUUGCAAGAUGGCAAGCUGAGAAAUGUCACAGCCAAAUCAUGGCACUGAGCACUGCCCUUCCCACCAUAAUGCCUGGGAGCAGAGUGGUGACAUUCCUUAUGAUUGAAACUUGUCACCAAAGCAUGAAAAUGGGAUCUCCAGGCUCAGACUGGGAACAGUGAAUUUCUGAGACCUGCCCUGAUCACUUUCUGAGAGUUUUGUUCUGGAGCUUUGCAUGAAGGCUGCCUGGACUCAAACACAGCCUUCAACAUCUGUGACAUACAGCUUUGAUGCUGAAGUAAGAUGAGGAAUUGCAGCUGCUUUCUUUAGGAAGAUACACCCCUAGACUCUUGCAGCCCUCAAAAUGUUGCUUGUAUGAAGUUUUGAGUUGGCUUCAUGGGAGGAAAAAAAAAGAAGACUAACGGGGGGGGCAGGUGGGGUGCAGAGCUGCCAUUUCUUGUUGUUCUGCGGCAUUUGUUCUGUUCCCAUUUUGUGGCAGAGCCAUGGGAAGGGCUGUGGUGGUGAGAGCUCUGCAGGCAGCUCCUUUGCCGAGCUGUGCAAACUCCCCAAGAGGAACGUGGCAGUGCUGAGGGAGACACAGGGAAGCCUUCCUGGCCUUAGCUGGAGGGCAGGUCAAGGACCCCAUGUGCCCCCCCCCCCCUCACACAGCAGAGCUACUGACCUACCUCCAACAGCCACCAGAAAAGAGCCAAGACCAUGAGGUGCAAAUGGAGAGCAAUCCUUACCCAUCCUUGGGAGCUCCCAUGGCCAAAUGCCUUUUGAGAAGACAGUCCAAGCCAAGGAGUUUAGCAGCGUGGCCAUGCACUGACAGAAACUCCAAAAUACUUGGGAGAGCCCGGAGGAGUGGUCUGGUAGGUCACCCAUUGAGCAAGAGCCAUGGGCCACCCCAAAGACAUUUCUGGCUUUACCCCUCAGUGACCCUGUCAUGCUGAAUAAUGAAAAACUGUUUGUUUGAAAUUACCUUUUGGGGAUAACAAAGUUCCAUUUAAAAGCUAUGGGUGAUAUUCCAAUGUCAGUUAAAUAAUAUUUCUCUCCACAUCUGUAAAGUGUUAUCUGGUCAGUAAUCAAAACCAACCUAUGAACUAACAACUAAUAAGUACUGACUUUAUUUAAGACUAGUGCAAAUUUAACUAUGGGUUGUUUUACAGUCUUAUGGGGAAGAAAGAGUGAAAAUUGUAACUUCUUCUUUCCUGUUUUUAUCAUGCUGAUACACUCAGAUGCACCUACCCAGAGUUGGUUUAUGGCAGCUGCUCUGACUUUCCACUGGCACACAGAGGAAAUCAGUUAUCUGCUUUUCAGCUCUGUGGUAAAGUCUAGAGGAAAGUCAGAAAAUGAACUAAAGUGUCAUAUUAAUUACACAUUUUUACGUUCAUUUUGAUAAAAAUCACAAUAUUUUUUAAGGUUUUUCAGCUGUCUCAAAUUGCACUUCUUUGAUGGUAACAAGCUACACUCACAGUCAAGUGUAUCCUGUACAGCACAAGUUUUAGGAAUAUGAGUAUAUGCACUUCUGCUCUUCUCAGUCAUAGUCAUUUUUAAGGGAAAAUUGUAGUGUGGGUUAAGAUCUAUACAUCUGCUCGUUUCUUUGACUUUUGUCUUAAAUUUGAUUCAAAACCCAAUAGGGUUUAUUAUUCUUAUUUAGUUUAUAUGUCUCCUAAAAUGGUGAGAUUUUGUGAAUUCACCUAUUAUUGAAGACUUCUGUUCUUCAUGAUGAAAGAAAAUAAAUAAAAGGAAGAACCUUUCAGAUUUCAGCAAUUUUCACUCUGAAUGUGCUUUUGGCCUUAACCUAUUUCAUAAGUCAAAUCUCAGCAACCUGCCUGCCACAAACUUUGACACCAGUUCAUGAGAAGUUUCUUUGAAAGAACCAGUGUGCAAUAAACUCAGAAAACAUACUGUGGCAUCCUGUGGAGCUGUACUACCAGGAAUAUGGCCUGUCUUGGACUUUUGGGUCCCUUUGGUCUCCAAACUAGAAUGCAUCUCUGUCUUCCAGCUAAUUUAGGCAGUAAAGCAUUUAACAACAGCUGAAGCUCCACGCACAUCAAGGGCUAUGUCACUGAAUUAUGUUUUCUUUUAGCUUGACCUUGCCUUUCCAGAGUCUUGUUGCAUGCUCACAAUCAAAGAUUCAAGUAGAAGAGUUGUGACAUUCUUCUGUUCUACAAUGUACUUUCCCAUUUUUUGUUCACUUCCUUAUUUAUAUUUAGGAGCCAGAUUUUAUUUUUUUUUUCACUUCAGCAAGGGACAUUUUUCUGUAAAUGUUAUUAGAUGGAAGUGUAAUUUUAGUCCUGUGACUAUUUUCUAGUGUGGUCCAAAAUGCCCCUGGAUGCUGUACCCUGCAAUUGUUCCUCAUUGCUGAAAGCCCAUCACUAAGAGGGAUGGAGUUUCUGUGGGUUCUUCCAGGAGGAAGGGCUUCAGGGUUCACGCUGACAUGGCUACAACAAAACCAUAAAUAAAUAUCUGGAAUUUCCCUGUGUCCCAGACUGGUUUCCCAGACUGUUGUGAAUCACUGUAAGACCAUUGCUCUGCCUUCACACACACGUUCCCUCUCCCUUUACUUUGUUGGUAAGUAACCAACAACCCCUUUGCCUGUUACACCCUCUUCAUCUUCCUUAGACCUCAAUAAUUUACUUCCAGCAAAUCCUGCUGUACUACUGCCUGCAGGGAACUCUUGUGCUGCCUGAGGAUUGUACAUGGUCUGCUCACACCUCUGGUGUCCUCUGGCUUCUUCAGUGUGUGGAGAGCUGGGAGCCAAUGUGCUGCCACUGCAAUGGGUAUAUUCAGAGGUGUGAAACUUGGGGAGCGGUGCCAAGUUAUGGAUAGUCUUACAGGCUGUCUGCCUUCACUCUCCUGUCAUGUCUGGAGCCAAAUGAAGAAUAAAAUCAUGUCACAUCUCCCAUUUGAUAAGAAAACAGUGCAGUUUUGUUGUGGGGAUGAACAGAAGUGUUAAAGGUAAAGGUUUCCAGACUACUGACUUUAGUUUCUUUGCAGCAUUUUCCUCCUGCCUUGCUGAAGUGGCCUUGAGGGUUGAACUGUCUCCAGAAACCACAUCCUUCCACGAUAUGGCUACUUCUGCUCAGCCACUUUCCCUUUAUCAUUCCUCAUCCCAUCAAAGCACCACAGUUCACUUUAACAGCUCACUCUCUCUUGAAACAACACCCACGAGCCACAGAACAACUGUGCAGACAACAGAGCAGAACCAGGAAACAGCAGCUCCUGGCCAGCACUCGACAGCCCAGGCAGGAGCUGGAACACCCAUCACCACCACGACAGCAGCAGACAACACCAGUGCAGCUGGCCAGGCCACAACCCAGCCCAUGCACAGGGUCACACCUGCAGGGAAGAACACAACCACCCCCUCUGUGUCCUCCGCACAUGCAAGCACAGCAAUGACAGCCACCAACGCAUCCUUAAACCACACAACAGCAAAUACUCAAGUGACAGCUGCUGCCAUCACCUCUACAGCCACCAUGCAGACGGUCAAAGCCACCACACAGUUGGGAAAACAAACAACAGCGACCAGAAACUCAACAGCCACAGCCAUGACCAGCACAACAACCGCCCGUCCAGGGACACAAACAACCAUCCCAUCUACUGCAGUGACAGUGAGACCCACUCCUGCCCCACGGCCUUCUCCCAUCCCCACUGGCACAUACACCAUUUCCAAUGGGAACAGGACCUGCAUCAAAGCAGUCAUGGGUCUGCAACUGAUGGGUCAAAAUACACAAAAGGAGCAGAUGGAGUCUGUGAUUGUCAACCCCAAUGUGACACAGACAUCUGGAAGCUGUGGGAUGGUGCAGUCUCAGCUGAACUUAACUUUCAGUGGAGGAUUUGUGAACUUCACCUUUGUAAAGCAAGCUCCAAGUUACUUCGUCAGUAACAUUGAGAGCAGAAUACAGUUAUCUUCUGAAGGUAUGUUUUACUACGCAGCCUUAAACGAGAAGCUAUUUACAACAAAGCUGGGGAAUUCCUUUAAGUGUGCCAGCAGGCAAACCUUCACCUUGGAGAAGAACUUCCAGAUCCUCUUUGUUCAUAUGCAGCUGCAGGCAUUUGAUAUUGUUGGUAACCAGUUUGGAAAAGAAGAAGAAUGUUUUCCUGACAGAAACAGCAAAGCAGCUCCCAUCGCAGUGGGCCUGAGUAUCCUGGGGUUGUUUGUCAUUGUGUUUGUUACUUUCCUGAUUUCCAGGAGGAAGCCACAUAGAGGAUACGAACGCAUCUGAGGUGCCCUUGUACUUCCAAAUGUGUGUAGCAAGCAGAGAAGUCACAGGAGUUUUAGCUUCUGCCUGGCAAUCUCACUGCCCUGAAGCCACAUUUUUAAGUGAGAUGACACCAUGUGUUUAAAUCUAAUGAAUAUUUCUGCAAGUACUUUCUUUAGGGUAGGAAGGAGACAACUCACAUCCUCUACUUUAGGCUAUUCUUAGCAUCUAAUUUAGAUGUAGUCCAGAUGACCAAAAUGAGGAGCCUAAAUUCUCUGUGUUAUCAACAAAGGAGAUAAUUCAGACCACCUAAGUCAGAUUCCUAGAAAUAGCUUAAAGCAGUACUGGUAUCCCCAAGAAAAUCCAUCAGGUUUGUUAAUUAUAAUAUUUAGAUUUAUUAAAAUAUGUAAGUCUGGUGAUAUGACUUUCAAAUGAAUAAAGCAGAGAUCCAGAGCUAUAGACAACCCUGUUAAAUUAAAGCUCAGUGAAAGCCUUGUGGGAACAGUGUGUGCCAAAAUCUCGGGGUAAGUGUCAGUGUGACUCCAUUCACAAGCAAGUUCUCAGCAGUCCUACAACAGAGUUACACUUCCUAAGUGCUUGGGUUUUUUCCUACUAAGCCCUUUGCAAAGACACAGCGGUAAUAUGUGACUCUUACUCUGGAGCUGAAUAUGUCACAGUCUUGUGAGAGCUCACGAACCACCCACGUCCUGUUCGGACAUGGACCUGUUACAGUGACCACCACUGAGCCCGGUAACUGCCCCUCUACUGAGAUGGCAGCACUGGGAUCUCUGAAUCUGGGAAGAUGCCACACUCACUGGAAAUGCCUGGGAUUCAGUGACCACCACUGUGGCAGAUCUGCCCGAGGUCCAUGAGAAAUGGAAAUCCACUGACAUUGUAUGUUCAAGGCUUCUAUAAGAACUAAAAGCUUGCACAGCCUUGGACAAACUCUCUGUCCAAAAGUGAAUGUUAUCCAGCAUGUUGGAUGUUCAUGUGGAAAUAAUUUGGAGUUGCUUUAAAGCGCAUUAAUUGAUACACUCUGCAGCCUAUUUCCUGCUAAACCAAUGAUGAAGGCAUGAGAGUAGUAAUUGCUUUUGAGGUUAAGUCCAGCUCAUGUUCUUUGUUGUAACAAGGAAAAGCUCCUUGUCACAAAAGAUUUACAAAGCAAAUGUGCACAUACACACACAUACAUGCAUGUGCACACACCACACAAUCUGCUCACUGAAGCCAAUGAUGUCCAAAUGAUAAGAAAUUAUAUACAAAACUAUUUGCAAAAGAAAAAAUAACAUUAAAUAAGAGCACACGUCCCCCUAAGGAGUUAGGGUAAUGGCUUAAAUUUAAAGUUUGGCUUGGAAAAAGACUGUGGAAUGGUACUCAUUAAACGAAAGAAAGACUGAAAUCAUAUGCAAAAAUACGUUGAUAGUUUAAUCUGUAUCUAAACAAAAUAUAAAUGCUAUGAGAUAAUUCAAUUUCAUCGAAGAAUGGCCCAAAUCCUGAGCAGAUGUGAAUGAUGAUGCAACCUCACUGGAUUUUCACUGGGUAAAACUGGUCACUGUAUCUCGUCAGUUUAAUUUCCCUUAAGUAUUUUUAAACAGUUUUGAUAUUUUACUAGUAUUUAAUGAUUGUGAGUUUACUUCUUUAAAUUGAGAAUGAAAGGAAAUAUUUUAAUUCCAUGAAUUACUAAAAGAUGUUGGUCUGUGUGAAGUAGGAAACAUGGUCAUACUGUUCCAUAAUCAGUAUAAUGUGUAGCUGUAGAAAUAAUUAAAUCUCCAAAAACAUUCCCUUUGAAUCCGAAUGAACCAAUAAAUGAGAAAGAUAAAGACAAUUCUGAAGCACUUUUGCACUUGGAGAAACAUCAGAGAGAAGUCAGAAGCAGCUGUGAGCACAGGGGCAGAUGAGUAUGUUUAUAAGGUAAAGUAGCACAAGCAAUGGGAUACCAAACUUUCCAACCUUUAAUAUAGAGACAGUGAUUUAACUGUACUCAGUUUAAAGCUGAGAAUGGUCCAACCCUAAGCUGUUCUGCCCAGUGAUCAAUAAACCUCUCCCCCUCAAAGCUAAGUCGUAUUUCACAUGUUCUUUGGAUUGCUGGGUUGUAUGAUCUGUAGUGUGUUUCUUGUGCUGACAUGGAAUAUUUGCUUGUUCUGUUCUGCAAAAUCGCUUUAUGUUAAUAUUCAGUCUUUUAAAAUAUGAUAUGAGGAUGAGGAGAGAAAACUGUUCCUAAUGACUGCUAAUUCUAUGUUUAAUCUUGUGACACCCUCUGGCAUUACCAGUGAUGCAAGAUAAUGUUUUUCCCCUGACUUUUUUUAUUUCUACACUGAAUCAACCUGGUGUUAUUGAACAAUGUUCAGAUUCAGGUUUACCAGAUUUGUUCUUAUGCUUUUUAUUGCUAUUGUUUGCUAUUUUUAUGAAGCUGCAUAGCCCUUUCUAGAUGAAUAAUACUCUGGGCUUGCUCCAAAUGUCACAGGGGAAGUGCAUGUGGUACAAACCGAUGAAACAACAGGAUGCUCCCAGGAAAUGCUGCCAACAUGCAGCAAAAUUAAUCCAAUGGAGUUAGUGCUUCACAGUAGUAGAAGAUCCAUUGGAGAAUUCCUUACUGGAUCAGGAGAUCCCAACCCCUAAGUGCAACCUUUCUCCCACCUGUGGCCCGGUCUGCAUCCCGUCACCUCUUCCUGAUCACAAAAUACAGCCAGCCUGCAGCAGGGAUGUGUGUCAGCACACCAGCAGAACAGGGAACGUUGCCUCUCCAAAUUUAAUGCUAAAUUAGAAUUAGACAGCUAAGCUGCUCCCUUGAGCUGCCACAUGCAGCUUUAAAAGCUGAUGCCUGUAUUUAUUUUCCGCCAGAAUUUAGGUAGAUGUUUAGCUGGUACUUUUUUAUCUAAUGGAGCUACCUUGAGGUCUUCCUCCCAUUGGGAAGACUCUAUAGGGUUAAUGGGCCUUGCUCUUGCCAGACCUGCUCUUUUAAAUAUCUUGUCUGAGGAAGGAUUUUGAGCAAAAACUCCCUAAAAGAGCACAGUAGGAAAAGAACUCUUAUGAUAAACUAGUUGUACAGGAGGUGGGCCACAAUAGUCAUACUGUGGGCAGAAGGGCACAGUUUUGUCUGCUGUGGGAGGGGACAAGGCUGCAGUGGGUCCCAGAGUGACCAGUGCUGGUCUCAGCAGCCCCAGCUCAGACUCAGAUCAACCCAUCCCUGAACCAGAGGAUUCUGGUCAGGAUGACAUGAUGCACCAGGGCAGCAAAGCUUAACUUCUGUGCAUGCGUGUGCUGGUCAGGAGACAGUGGGGCCAUCACAGGAAUUCGGAGGUGAGCACAUCCCCACAUCCCAAUAGCUCCCUGGUGCUCUGCCACAGCUCCCACCCCAGACCAUCCACCGUGGCCUCUUGCACACCCAAGGCAGACACAAGGACAUCCCAUCAGCAUGACAAUGUCAUACUUAGCCAAAUCUCCAAGGAGUUUAUAAAGCAAGGUUUAAUUUCUUUCAGUCCUUUUUGUUCUCUGAUGGACAAGUCCAAAUGAGGGAAUAGCUGUUAAUUCAGCUGAAAGAGGAAGGGAGAUGUAGAUCAGCAUCUGGAGUGUCUGAAGGUGGUUUGGUUGAUCAAUUUUAGCUUGCUAUAAUGUAUGGUUGCUAAAAAUAACUUGCUAUGAGAAGUAAGAUAUGCUCUUUAUUUUUCUAUUAGUGGUGUUUCUAUAAUAAAGGUUGUAUUUAGUCAUUA